AUGUUAUUUAGUAUUUAUGUCACAAAUCGAACAACCCAUCAUCCUAAGGAAAUUGUUUUUGAAGAACCAACGAAAGAACUUUAUAAUUUUGGUAUUAAUAUCAUUGUCCUAAAAAAUGUCUCCCUUGAUCCAUCUAAAAUUGUUGGUGCAAUUGGAGGUGAAGAUCCUAUGCAAGUGGCAAAUCAACCAGAAUCUCAUGAAUUGUUAAAUUUUCAACAUGGAUUUAUCAAACGCAACAUUGAAACCAAUAUAAAAGAGAAUCGAUCUAUUCAGUUUAAUAAUAAUAAUGAUAAUAGUAAUAAUAAUAGUAAUAAUAAUAAUAACAAUAAUAACAGUAAUAAUAAUUGA